CUGUGACGGCCGCUUUCUUCACUCGACACUGGAUUCAUUCGUCGUUGCUCUCAUCGCGAAAUGGCACUCGCUCAAGUCCUGAAGUCAAAUAGCAGCUGGGCACCCCGUGCAAAACGCCCCGUCGCCCUCUUCCUCGGCGGCACGUCGGGCAUCGGGCAAGCCAUGGCGCGUCGCCUCGCCGACUACACCGCGAACAGCCCCGGCGGCGGCUCCGCGCACGUCAUCAUUGUCGGACGGAACCGCGCGGCCGCCGAGCGCACCACGUCGUCCUUCCCGCGCGAGCCAGAGGGGCGAUACACGAGCCACGAGUUCAUCGAGUGCGACGCGACGCUCAUGCGCGACGUGCGGCGCGUGACGAGGGCACUGUUGGCUCGCCAGCCGCCUGCUGCGCAGAACACGACGGAGAAGAUCAACUAUCUUGUGCUCUCUCCGGGGUUCUUCAGUAUCGUGGCGGGGAGGGACGAGACGGUGGAGGGCAUCGACAGGAAGUUGGCGCUGUUGUACUAUGCGAGAUGGAAGUUCAUCUACGAUCUGCUCCCGCUGUUGCAGAAUGCCGCGAAUGAUGGAGAGGAGGCGAGUGUAUAUUCGGUUCUGGGUGCUGGAACGGGGAGCGAGGUCGACGUGGAUGAUUUGGGCCUGAAGAAGCAUUAUUCGGCGAUCAAAGCUGCAACGGUGUCUGCGAGCUAUACGGAUCUUGCCAUGGAGGUCAGUUCGUGCCAUCUUUUACCCUGAAAGCACUUACAGGGCCAGUAGAAGUUCGCUGUGGACAACCCCGACAUUUCAUUCAACCAUGCGUUCCCUGGAUUAGUUCGAACGCCCAUGAUGAUGCCCAAACACCCGCUUCUCAAGCCAUUUUCUCCCCUGAUUCAGUUGGCUGCUCAGCCUUUCACGGUUUCCGCCGAGACUUGUGCGGAAUACCAGCUCUCUGGGUUGUUUUCCUCAAAGCCUGGCUUUACUCGACGAGGAUCGAAAGGACAGGACAUUGGGUACUCGGUGGGAGAUCCCGCUGUCGUCCAAAAAUUAUGGGAGCAUACCCUCAGUGCAGUGGGGGCCUAAUCGUUGUUCUUUAUAUGUAGCUUUUCUGUGUUCCAAUUCUUUCAAAAGAUACAUCAAAUGAGAGGCUCCUCUGAAAUCAGACUGCCCUCCUCAUCAAAGCCUUUGACAAACUACAACACUGCCACCUUUCUGCCGCGGCGAUUGACACUUUUUUGCCGUGAUACGAAGCUCCUCGAUUUGAAUGGCUCACGCUGCAACUACAGGCUUAGUCAUUUGAGGACUUGGUCGACGCCCACCAUGUCGACUGAAGUGCUCGGUGGCACCAUCCUCAUACCCGCGCUCCCCGACUCAAACCCUCUUCACCCUCCCUCGUUACCGAUCCGGGGCCCACGUUGGCUACAUGUGCCGUUGCUGACGAUAGGACUUCUCGGCGUGUCGAUACUGUGGUCGGUGGAGAUGUCUUACGGUGAGCUCGACCGUCUCGUGGGGAAGCUGCGAUUUUACGUUCCCCGAGGUCCGCCGUACCUGCUCUCGUUGGGCCUCUCCCCUUCGCUCGUUGCCAUCGUGUUCCUCGCCGGGCCGCUCUCCGGUUUCAUCGUGCAACCUAUCAUCGGGGUUGUCGCCGACAACUCGACGUCCGCGUGGGGUCGGCGCCGGCCGUACAUGAUCGCCGGGAGCCUCGUCAGUGGAGCGGCGAUGCUUGUGCUUGGGUUCACGCACUCGGUCAGCGAUGUGCUCUUCGGAGCGCGAUCGAGCGACGAGACGGUCAUCGCGCUGGCUGUCAUUGCUAUCUGGGUGGCGGACUUUUCGAUCAAUGUCGUGCAAUCCAUGGACCGCGCGCUUAUCGUCGACGUUCUUCCUUCGGAGAUGCAGGCCUCGGCGACGGGGUGGGCGGCGCGGAUGAUGUGUAUCGGGAGUGUGAUUGGCUUUUUCGUCGGGAAUCUGAACCUGCCCUCCCUAUUUCCGUUCUUCGGGAGUUCUGAGCUCCAGAUCCUCUCCGUAUUCGUCGUUCUACUUACUGUUCUCGGCCAUGCCACCACUGCGUUGAUGGUGCGAGAAGAGGCUUUUGCGAGACCAGAUGGACACCGACGGUCGUUCAUCGCCGAGCUGAAAGCGAUCUUCUCCAACUUGAUCACACUUCCGCCGGUGAUUCUGCGCAUCUGCCUGAUCCAAUUCUGUGCCUGGCUCGGCUGGUUUCCUCUCCAUUUCUACACGACAAUGUACAUCGCAUCGCUGUAUUCACCGUCCGAAACGGGACGCACGCCGGAGGAGAUUGCGGAUGAGGGAACGCGGCUGGGCGCGCGCGCGUUGUUCCAAUCCGCCGCUCUCACGCUGAUCGCCAACCUUAUUCUGCCGUUUUUCAUCCGAAGCACCGGCGCCACCGACGCGCUGUCCCAGGCGAAGACCCCCCGAUGGAAAUUUCCGCUGGCGAGGUUGUGGCAAUGGAGCCAUGCUUUCUUUGCUGUUUGCAUGUUGGGAACUUUCUUCAUCACGUCGAUGGAUGGUGCCAUCCUACUCAUCUCACUAUCAGGUAUCUCGUAUGCCGUGAGUAUGUGGGCGCCAUUCGCUCUACUAGGGGAAGCAAUCCUGGACGACGAAUCGGGCGAUGCAGAAUUGAGCGCCAAGGCUGGUGUCAUCCUGGGAAUCCAUAACCUGUUCAUCGUUGUCCCGCAAUUCCUCGUGUCACUUCUCUGUGCCGCCAUCUUCGCGGUCUUCACGCCGGAUCCAAAUACCCCAGGCCGCCAGAAGAAGGAGAGCGCGGUGGUAUACAUAUUCCAAUUUGCCGGCAUCUGGGCUUGCGUUGCGUUUUAUCUCUGUAGAAAAUUGGGGAAACGCAUCCGGUUGCCGGAGAAUCCGUGAAGAGUUAUAGAUUGGAAGACGGCUCUGCCGCCAUGUGCGGGGACAAAAUCGUACAAUACGCACGUGACGAUCGAUACGAUAUUUUAUUCAUCAGUUUCGGCCCUUUCAAUUCGGAGAGGGAGAUGUGUCAAUCUAUGUUCUGG